AUGGCUGGCAGUGCUCUACAGUUUGCACUCCAGAAGUUGGAUUCUUUGCUUGUGAAAGAACAACAAUUGUUGAGAGGGGUAGACACAGGAGUCAAAGAUAUCAGAGAUGAGCUUGAGUGCAUAAAAUCAUUUUUGAGAGAGGCAGAUGCUAGAGAAGAUGGACAUGGCAUGAGAACGUGGGUGAAUCAAGUACGAGAGAUAGCGUAUGACAUUGAGGAUGUUCUUGAUGAGUUCAUGAUCCACUUUAACCGGCCUCAUGGGCAUGGAUUUGUUGGCUUCCUUCGUAGAGGUGUUCGCUACAUCAAGAAUCUGGGUACUCACCAUCGCAUAGCUACUGCAAUACAAGAAAUCAAAAUACAGGUCCAUAACAUCUCACAGAGAAAAGAUAUGUAUACUAUCAAUUUUCCUGACAAUGGAACUUCUAAUGCUGCUACAAAUAGAUUGCAUGAUCGUCACAUGGCUGCUCUUUUUAUUGAGGAAGCUGACCUAGUGGGCAUUGAAAAGCCCAAAGAGGAACUUAUUGGGUGGUUAAUAAAGGGAGAAUCCCAGCGGAAGGUGAUCUCAGUAGUUGGCAUGGGUGGUUUGGGCAAAACUACUCUUGUCAGGAAAGUCUACGACCAUGAAAGAGUGAAGGGAUGGUUCAGUUGUCAUGCUUGGAUUACUGUGACACAAUUGUUCACAGUUGACGAGCUCCUGAGAAGCAUCAUAGAUCAAUUCUACAAGGAAAGAAAUGAAUUAUUUCCUGGAAGAAUUGAUGCAAUAGAAGGCAUUCAGCUCAUAGAGACACUUCGCCAUUUCCUACGGGAUAAAAGGUACGUGGUUGUUUUAGAUGAUCUAUGGCACAUACAAGAAUGGGAUCAUUUAAAAUAUGCAUUACCUGACAAUGAUUGUGGUAGUAGAGUUCUAGUUACAACACGAAUUAGGGAUGUGGGUCUCUCAUGCAUUGAAACAUGUGGCCAUGUCUACAAUCUUCAACCACUACCUCCAGCAAAGGCUUGGUCUCUGUUUUGUAAAAAGGCUUUUCGAUCCACCACAGGGGGAGCCUGCCCUCCAGAGCUCGAAGAUAUUUCUCAAGAUAUUGUCAAAAUAUGUGAUGGAUUGCCUCUUGCAAUCAUGGCAAUAGCAGCAUUUUCCCUAAGGAUUAUCCAGUCAAGCGCAUCACUUUGA